UCGCUGCCAUAUCUUUCGCCUUUCUGAUGAAGACAUGCUUGACAGACGAGCCAUCCUUAUAAGGGCAGGUAAAAACAACAAUAAUAAGAAGCUGAUAGAAUAAACUGAAACAACCAUAAUAGCAGGAAACACCAAAAGCAACAGAUAGCAGAAGAGACAAGUUUUAGAGAAAAAGAAACUAUAAAUACUCUAUGUAGUCAAAGGAAAAUCAAAUCAAUUUGAAUAUAUGCAGAUUGUUAGCCACUACUGUGAUGGUUAUCCUAUUAACAUGUAUGGCUUCUCCCUCUUUAAUCAGCAAUUCUUCACUUUCAUUAGAAAAUGAAAAAAGGAAACAGUCUUGACUAGUGUUUUAAGAAUACAAAUCAUGCAUAGACUACAAUUGCAUCAUAAUUUUUUUCUAGUGAACUGAGUGCGAAUGCAUCCUUACAACUGCAUGAUCAUUCACAAAAUUCAUCCCUACUUUAUUCUUAUUGAGCCAGGAACCUAGCUACUGAUUUUUAAAAUGGGAUUUCUGAUAGAUAGGAAAUGGUUUUUCUGAGAUGGAGAGAUUGGCAGUUGCAGCAUUUCUUAUUAUUGCAACGGUAUUCUACUAACUAGGCUAUUGUGUUUGAUGUGAUUGUAUUUCAUUUCAAUAUAUCUGGUUCUUGAACCAUCACCAAUUAUGGCUUCUGGUGGUUGUUUGCUUGUUGUUCUAAUGGAUGGUGUUGAUGAUAUAUAUUAUUGUCUUUCAGUUCACACAUGGCUGCUGGAACAGAGGAAUUAUACGAAGGUACAACAUAUAUCUGACUUACCAUUCAGUAUCGCAUUUUGUGGCAAUUAGGAGCCUAAUUAAUUACUUCAUAUAUUUCUUGUGCAGGAAGCAAUCUCAGAGUUCUACCGGUUCAUUUGGAACCUUUUCUACGCUGAGUACUUCAUUUUCCCUCUAAUCUGAAGCUUAUUUUGGCUUCACCUUUUCUCCCCUGUUUCUGAAACUCUGCCUACCCUUUUUUCUUAAAUGCUCAACCGGCUCCCCUCAUUUUUCUACCGUUAGCUGCUUCUUGUUGUUUGCUAAAGCUGCUGUAGAAUGUGCAACAAUUAAACAUUAUUAUGAUUCUGAAAUAAUAAAAAAAUAUUGAAUUGAGGUUAAAAUUCAAGAUCCUGACUUUUGUUCUACUCCAAGUCUGAGUUGAAAUCCAAUUGAGCGAGCAAGCUUGAUCACUAUAUAAAAUGUCACAGUAUGGUUCAUCUCUUCAAAAGCACAAAAGAGACCAUACAGAACCAUUCAUAAUUCAUAUAUUUUGAUAGUACUCCUUUGGAAGGAAACAAUACACCAGUCCACAAGCUUGGGCUGACAAUUCAUAAUAGUUAAUUUAGGGCUUAAAAGCUUAGGAAAGAAAGGAAAACAACACAAGGAAAACAACACAUUCAUACUCCCAUAUGGCAAACGGAAACAAUACUCCAUAUAACACACAAUUCCAGAGAUAAACUAUGCCUUUCUAACACUCUUGUUUAUUUAGUACUAGACGGAGAAGUGUCGCAGGCAUGGCUCUCUCUAUAUAGUCGUAACAGGUGGCUGAUCAAUCGAUUAUUCAUCGUCAUCAUUGCGGCGAGGGUGGUGAUGCUUAUAGCGAUGCUGCCUCCUCUCGUCGUCAUCCUCGCCAGAGUCAUUAUCUCCCAGCAAAGGACACCAGUUAGUAACAAGAUUUUUCAUUCAAGCAAAAGAACAUCCCCCAAAAUGCAGUCAAUAACUAUCCAUCUAGGCUUGAUAAUCGGUUCGGUUGCGGUUUAACCGAACCAAUUCGUUGGUUAACCGCCACCGAAGAGAGGCCGUUACCACCAACCGUCACCGAAACCGAGAAGGUCUACGGUUAGCCGCCACCGAAAUAGCUAACUGCGGUGCGGUUAGUCGGCUAAACCGACCCUCACAAUUAAAAUAAAAUAAGGGGAAUUUUUGGGUUGUCUCUCUCCUUCUCUCUGGAAAUUUCCUAAUCCAAAUCCCGUAUCUCUCUUUCUCUCUCAAAAUCUUCUCCAAUCUUUGAGAUUUCCCUCUUUGAAUCUGCUGCUCCUAGCCUCUUCCCAUCUCACUUUGCAGCGACGGUGAGCUGGCAAUCGGCUCCGACGAAGGGCGCCAGCGAGGUAGAUGGGAGGCGGUGACGACGAGGAAGAAUGCAGGGCGGCGAGGAUGGAACAUGCAAGGCGAUGCAGGGGACGACGAUGACGACGGCGACCGAAGAUCAACCUGCUGCUACUGGCGAUAGGCCUUGGAUCUGGAGGAUGAAGAAGGGGCGGAGAUUGAGACCGCUUCGAUUCUUUCCGCUUUGCAGUUCUCGUCAACCUCCGCGAAUGAAGAAGGACGGGAUGGCGACGAAGACCGAUGAUCGAUUCACUGCUGCAGCCUGCAACGACCCCUUCUCCUUCUUGGCCUUCUUUUGCUGGAUCUCGAUGGCGGACGACAGCGAUUGAGGAUGAAAGGGCAACAAAGAUUCUUCUUCUAGAGAGCCAUGGAGGGGUUGGGACUUGGGUUGGGAGGGAGAUUAGGGGGAAAAGGAGUGGCGGAGCGGUUAUGCAGUGCACCGAUUUUAUCUCGGUUAGCCACCGACGGUUGCCGGUUAACAUAAAUCCCCAAAACAGCCCACCGACACUGCCACCGAGGGUAAGUUAUCGGUUUUCGGUUCGGUGAAUAACCGCUCAGUUCGGAUCGGUUUUUGGUUUAACCGAGAAACCGCCAACCGAUUAUCACCCCGUCUAUCCAUGGUUCUUCCCACUACUAAACCAACUAAAUUUCA